AUGAAGGCUGCAGCUUGGUGGGAAUUUUAUGUUAAUUGCGGAAAAAAGGAAGGCAAUGAUGGUCUGGGCAGUAGUGGGUCCCAAGCAUUGGGGCUGGUUAGGGAUCAACAACGCAGAUGGGUGAAACCAAGGGAGGGUAUAAUUAAGCUUAAUUUUGAUGGGGCACUGGAGGUCAGUAAGGGGAUCUUUGGUACGGGGGCAGUGUGCAGAGAUGAGCAAGGCACGUGUAUUGGGGUUUUAGCAGUUCCGACAGUGGGUUUUGUGAGUCCACAAACAUGUGAGUUCCUAGCCUUGAUAAAUGGGUUACAUUUCUGUCUCCAAGCUGGGUUCACUCGAUUGGAAAUAGAAGGAGAUGCUCAGAACGUGUUUAUGGCAUUAAAUUCUGAUCAGGAAGACCUCAGCCCAGACGGUGCAUUAGUUGAUGAAGCCAAAUAUCUGUUAAGUUUUUUUUUCAGUCUUGUAGUUGGGGUUAUACCCCUAGGGAGUGUAAUAAUGCCGCUCAUUGUGUGGCAAAAGUAG